UCCACCGCCUCCCUCUGCACUCCCAGUCCCAGGCCAAUGUUUGGAGCGCCUCAUCUGCUCCUGGCUCUGCCCCCUCUUCUCUGACCAAGACCAAGGCGGUGAUCAAGAGCACCCUUCUACCACAACUCAUCCCGCGCCGCACGAUGUCCUCCUCCUCCGGUCGCGCCGCCUCUCAACCAGCCGACAAGUUUUGGCUUGAGAUAGUGGGUCACAGGAUGAAAGGUCCGCAGAAUCCGUGCCCGAUGAUUUUCAGAAAGCGAAUCAGUGGUGUGGAUGCCGACAAGGCUGAAGCAGUCUUCCUCGACGUGAUGAUGAUGGCUAAAUAUGAUGGGAAUGUUCCACCAAAUAUGAUGAGUAGUCCCGUUCGAGCAUUGCUCCGGAAGGCGCUUAUCCGAUACAUGAAAAUUAAGUGGUUUAUUAAAGAAAUUGCUCUAUCUCUCAAGAUACGUGUCGUCUUUAAGCUGGGCAAGUUAAACUUUGUUGUCAUCUGCGUGUUGCUUUACGUGACAUACGGGAGGCCCCUAUCUCUGCUCCGGAGGUUCUGGAAGAUCCUAAAUUCUCAAGGAGGCGAUGACUCGGAGUAAUCAAGCAGAGAAUGCGACUAUUGCAACAAUGUAAUAGUGAUGUUGUGACUAAGACAAACAUGCUUUUUUUUGUUAUAUUUGCCAUUGUUGUGUAGUACAUGGUUAAACGACCCGUAAAUUUUCUGUUGGUGUUAUUUCUGUUGUGAUUAUGAUUUCUUGCAUGAUUGCUUCUGUUC